CAGCCGGCUAUAUGCGUGCUGCCGCGUCCACGCCGCCACCGUGGACCCUGCAGGGAUGCGAUUCCCGGUCUGAUGUUUUAAUAGUGGUUGCUCCAAAUCAAGCCAUGUCAAGUGGUCUAUCAACUCACUGCCAUCCAGAGAGUUCAUAGUAUAUGGUAUAUGAUACUUCAUUAUUAUUAUUUUGUGCGUUUACUUUAACCUAAAUUGGCGCGCCGGACUCCGUGAAGUGGGCAGCCAUUCAACACUUUUUUCACCUCGCCGACCAUGAUGCAGGGAAACACGCGCACAGGGGAACAAGGCGCGGGUGCAUAUGUUCUUGAAAGGGAAGAUUGUCCCUUUCGUAAAUAUUCAUGGAUGAUGGUUUUCCCCUUUCAUGGAUAAUUCCUUCAUGAAUUUUCCUUGUGUAUUAACGCAGAAAAGAUUUGCAUAUGUUCUGCUCCGCCGGCAGCUAACAGAGCCGUCUUGUUCUUUUUCUAUCUCUCCUCCUCACCCCCGAAACCCGAGCAGGAAGUAUGCUCCCCCCGCUCCUGCACAGGCUACUGUUUAAGAUGAGCCUAUUCCACGACAUCAAACUCAAGCGACGGAAAGUGGACUCGCGCGGCAGCAGCGAUGGAGAGAACAACGGUGAUGUGAACACGUCGUCGCCUGAGCCGCCCCCACCGCCGCCGCCGCCGCCGCCGCCGCCGCCGCUGCAACAGCAGCAGCAGCAACAGCAGCAGCAGCAGCAGUCACCGGCUCAGCAGCAACCACCACUGUCGCAGCCGUUGCAGCAGCAACAGCAGCAGUCACAGCAGUCGCAGCAGCAGUCGCAGCAGCAGUCGCAGCAGCAGUCGCAGCAGCACCAGCCGCAACAGCCACAGUCACAACAGUCGCAGCAGCCAGCGGCGUCAUCGUCAACGUCAGGGCCCGCCGCGUCGUCGUCCAGCGGUGCCGCAACCCCGGGACCUCCAGCGCGACGGACGGACGAGUCGCCGCCUCCCCAGGGCUCCGGCCGGCUAGCGGCUCCGGCUGACUCGGACGACGAGGAGCGGCGCGCGGGACCCGCAGCCAGUGCCUGGACGCCGGACUCGAGCGCCUUCAACCGGCCCAAGGAGGACGAAGGCCUGUCCGUGGUGCGGCGUAUGUACAGGCCUGCCCCGCAGGUGGUCAGCUGGCCGGCGGGCGCACCGUCAGCCACCGAGGUGGGCCGCGAGGGCUACGCACCGCCGUUCCCGGCUGCCGCCUUCCAGCGGUCGCCCAUUUUCUACCGGCGCGCCUCCACGUCGGCCGCCAGCUCCGAGGAAGAGGCGAGCUGGCGCCGGGACGAAAACCCGGAGCCAGCGGCGUCGUGGGUCGACAAGUUGCCGGACUCGCAAGCGCUGAACCUGUGCGUGGCCGCCGGCGUGACGCCGUCCACGUCACGGGGAGGUGCCGAUGACGAGGACGACCAGCCCAUGGUGUGCAUGAUCUGCGAGGACAAGGCGACGGGUCUGCACUACGGCAUCAUUACCUGCGAAGGGUGCAAGGGAUUCUUCAAGCGGACCGUGCAGAACAAGCGUGUGUACACGUGCGUGGCGGACGGCAACUGCGAGAUCACCAAGGCCCAGAGGAACCGGUGCCAGUACUGCCGCUUCCAGAAGUGCCUACGACAGGGCAUGGUCCUCGCAGCUGUUCGAGAAGACCGAAUGCCUGGUGGAAGAAAUUCAGGAGCGGUGUACAACCUAUACAAGGUCAAGUACAAGAAACACAAGAAGGGUCCCAAGAACGGCCAGCUGAUGCUUCGUCAGGAGCCGGCGCCGGGCGUCAAGCCGCCCGUGGCCGCCAAGUCCCCGCCUGCCGACGCCGCCGCCGCUGCCAAGGGUCCCUCACCGCUCAUGAUGCAGGGUCCCAAGGCGCUGCUGCCGCUCGUCUCGGCUGCGUCCGCGGCCGCGACCACGGCGAGCGCGACGACCACGUCGACGAGCAGCACCACGACCACGACAACGACCACCAACGGCGUCCUCUCGUCGUCGCCAAGGUACCACCAGAGCUCGGACUGGGUCAACGGUGGCAUCCUGAAGACGGCGCUGACGAGCCCCUCCGAGGUGAUGCACCUGCGGCACGCCGUGCUCGAGCAGCAGCCGCGGCCGGAGCGGCGCACGCUGAGCGCCGAGCAGGCGGCCGCCAUGAUCGAGCAGCUGAUCGAGUGCGAUGACUUCGAGGACGUGGCGACGCUCAACAACAUGCGCGACCUGCUCAACGACUGGGAGGACCUGUCGCGCAAGCUCCGCCAGAUCGCCGACAAGAUCGUGCACAAGCUGGUGCAGUGGACCAAGCGGCUUCCCUUCUACGCCGAGAUCCCGCUGGCCGUGCACACGCAGCUGCUGGCGCACAAGUGGCACGAGCUGGUCGUGCUCACCACGGCCGCCUACCAGGCCAUCCAGCUGCCGGCGCGCGUCGCCCCCUCGUCGUCGUGCUCGUCGUCGGGCUCGUCCGACGGCGGGCCCCACUCGCCGCCGGCCGACGUGAGUCGCGAGACGGCCGCGGCACUGUGCGAGCUACAGCGCACGCUGGCCGCGCUCAUGGGGCAGCCCGUCACGCUCGUGCAGCUGCCCAGCGAGGCCGUGCCCCUGGUCGACCAGAUGACCGGGCUGGCCAGCGAGCUGCGCAAGGCGCGGCUCUGCCUCGAAGAGUACGUCUGCCUCAAAGUGGUCAUCAUGCUCAGCUACGAGGACCCGAACCAGCGGCAGCUCGAGAGCAUACAGGAGCGCUACCUGUCCGCGCUGCGAGUGUUCACCGAGCAACGGUUUCCCAACCAGAGCUCACGCUUCACCGAGCUGCUCGCGCGGUUACCGGACAUCCAGGCGGCCGCGGCGCUGCUGCUGCACAGCAAGAUGUUCUACGUGCCCUUCCUCCUCAACUCGUCCAUCACCAGAUAGUCUCGCGGGAUGCCCUCCCGCCUGUGUGUGAUAUCAGAGAAGACUGUGCCCGCCGCCCGAUUGCGCGGGGCUCCGCCGUGCUCGCGUGCGCCCGCCGUGCUCGCGACAUGAGACCUCGCCACAACGCACGCUCUCGGCCACGUAUCGGGACCAAUUACACGAGCCACGACACCGUGGCAGCGGAAAAAAGGAAAUGAUCCGGCGCAAAACGUUUGCCUCGUUAACAACCGACGCGAUCUCCUGGUUUGCCCGUCAUCUUCGAUGCUCGCAGAACUAACCUCGACAAACGACGAUUCGGGAGUCAUCCUCCUUAACUACGUGAUCAGGUUGCAAUUCAUCGUAAUGAUUCGGAAGACUAUGCGCAGUUUCUAACGUCCUUAAGACUUCCACGAAUCUGUCGAAAAGCAAAACAAGCAGGUUUCCUAUGGGCAGUCCAGUGUGCUGCGCACAAUGGCGUUGGGACAUGGCGUCACCGUGUUCUGAGGGAUAAAUUAAUAUGUUACCUUCUUUUGGACUCUCUUGUAGAACUCCCAUCAAGGUAGAGCGUCGGUAUUUCACCCUUAUAGUGCACAUAGCGAGACCCUGUGUAUGAGACUAUUGCCGUAGCAUACCAAUUAGCCACGUCCGUUUCCUUGGGUUUUUUUUUUGUUUUGUUUUUUAUACAGAGUAAAUAAAAGCAUUUCACCACCGGUUCAAUAAGCGUGCUGUUUAACAACAGCAUGUACACUAAACAAAAGCUCUUCUUGAGUUGUAGCGCGUCAAAAAGGCAUUAACUAUUUUGCUAAAAGAACAACCCUUUUAAUUAAUCAAAUGGCUACCUUUCUCUCUCUCUCUCUCUCUCUCAUAAUUACUUUUGGAGGAGCAGGACUGCAACUCCAGCAGAGGUUAAGGUUAUAUAAUUUAGUACGUCUAGUACGUUUAGUAGGCCUCGCUCAAAAUGGUCGCACGUUAUUAAGUUGUAAAACAAGCACGCUGUAUACGUUUCUGGCAAAAAAAAAAAAAAGGAUCGCCUCGCGCAGUUCACGGAUACUGACGCCUCGCAGCGUUCACUUCUCGGGUCCCGGCAGCAGGACAUGCGCCGCUGCCAUUGGGUCGGCACAAUACCAAAGAAGACAGUGAUGGACGAGCGUUUGUGUUCGCGCGAAGCUUGGUGAAUUAUUGGGAGGGAUACGAUGACGGCGUGGCACAUCGCCGCUAUACGACGCCACUUGGCUGUCUAAGUCGCUGAGGAAACCUGCGUACGCGAAAUCUUGGCACGCCGCCCGUCGUAGGCGCGGGCCUUUGUUCCACGAACACUAGAGUACUGUCGAGUGAAACCUCAGAACGAAACCAAAACGUAAGGUAUGAAAAAAUACGGGCUCUCAUAAUUUCCGAAAACUUCAGGCGCAUAAAUUACCCCUUUCCACACGGGAGUGGUGUGCAUUGGAGCUCGUAUAGGUUGCCCUAUAAGCGAAGCCAUACACUGCCAACCAAGAGGUCUCCGCGCGGGCAGCCCGACAUCACAGCAGUCGCUAAAGGUCAGAGCCAGGCAUCUUGUAUCAUAGCUAAUCAUUAUAUAUUCGCAGCUCAGCAUGAGAGGCGAGCGCAUUUUUUUUUUUUUCGCGUGGCUCCACCCCCCCCCCCCCCUUCCCCCCAAGAAGAAGGUUCUGUUCGCGCGUUCGUGAGCUUCCGUUGCGAGGAGGGGUGUCCCAUCCUGCUAGUCUAUUUAUUUUGAGCACCCGUCUACGAGUCACAAUCCGGUACAGCACCCUCAUCGACCAUCCACGAUACGACGCUGUCCCUUCGCGAAGUGCCAAACGGCCCGCAGGCACCGGACGGAACACGAGCAGGUACAGAAAGACAAGGGAUAUUAAAAAAAAAAAAAAAACCGCCGGGCCGCGCAUUCCCGCCGCUCGCAGUCACACCAAGUGCGUCGGACGCCUCAGCCGCGCUCGGAGGGCCGGCCGCCGACUAUACUGCAGCCGACCGAGCGGUCCCCGCGCAAUCGGGCUCCCGCUGUUCUCUCUCGCCUGCGACGGGGCCUCCAGGGGGCUUCGAAGACGGGGCGCGUGCCACAGCCUCCGCGAGAGCUGUCCUUCGUAUGCAUUGUUUUGCCACGCUGCGACGGACGAGACAAUGGGCAAAAGGAUGUGGACAAUGGUGACUGUUUCGUAUAGUCUUCUUCACUGUUUUUUUUUUUUUCGCGUUUUCUGUGUGUGUGUGUGUUUUUUUUUUUUUACGACGACCAAAAAGAAAUAUAUAGAGAGGGAGAAGAGAGCGAACAAGACAAGAAUGCUUGGACGGAUCCUUUCUUUCGCCUUUCUCACUCUGCGGAGUGCAACCAGCAACAAGAAAUACUGCCGAAAUGAACUCUCUGACCACUGCCUUUGUAAGCUUUAUUCCGUGUGCAUGCCCCAGGUUGUUCCGCCAUGGUGUUGUUUCCGAUGCCGCGUUCUUUUUUUUUUUUUUUUUUUUUUUAUUCCAGCCAGGGCCCGGGUCCGCAAACGGUGCGGUGUCGCUGCGGCGCUGCAGCUGUACACGGCGCGCGCGCGGCGACGCCAGCAACGGCGAGCGUAGUGAACACUCUUCGUGUCCCCCUCUCCCCCGGUACGAGUGGCCCGUGGCUCAAACGUCCGCAGCAACCGCCUCGCGGGCUCGCGUAUCAGGCAUCAAACUUCCACAGGACACUCUUUUCAAUGGCAGCGAGCGAAACAGAGCCGAGCUACGUGGGCUGCCGCGAUACGCAAGUGCAAACUACGUAUAGGUCCACCGGGAAUGCGACCGGCAGUACGCCUCUAACUCGACCAUUUGGAAACGCGGGAUAAUCGACGCUCAGCGACACUGCGGUGAAGAAGCUAGCGGCUGAGUUAGUAAAGCAACGCGAGACAGCUCUUGAUCGCCAUCGCUAUUUGCGGAACGCAACCGCGAACCAGAAGGCAAAAAAAAAAUUAUAAAUUAUUCGGAUAACUGAAAUCAUUUCGAGUGCCGACGGCAAAUGAAAAUUGGGCGUCUGCGCCGACUAUCGAGCUGCGGUGUAUACAUAGUACACACCAUACAGCGUUAGCUCAACCCAGUCGUACGAAAUUGGCGAAAAACAAAGUUAAAAGACAAAGUCAGCUGACACGAAGAGAGACGCGGUUGCCUCUCGAGCGUUGUAGUUUCGCUGGAAGCAGGAGCAAUCAAAGCAACAAACGCGGCACAUCGCAGAUGCAGUUCGCCUGACAGCAUCUCCCCCGACCGGCGACGUGUCCCACGCAGUAUGCGUGUGAGCCACGCCGACAUCCGGGGCUCGCCCCUGCGGUUACAAACCGAGCCACGGUUUCCGCAGACAGGCCGAGCUCUCUCGUGCGCGCGCAAGCUGCGUAGACGUAGCCGGGGUGGUUAGGGGCGCGCCGGCGAUGGGCCAGCCUUGGAAAGACGUGUCUUGCGCGAUGUUCUUAAGCCUGCAACCAAACGUUCGUUGUUCCGUUGUCUGCAUGCUGCCGUAUACCUUUUUCGGGUGUUGUGUGCGUCCUUAGCGGGCGUCUCUUCAGAUGUGUGUGUGUAACGCGGCCCGGGGCGUUUUACCGCUUUUUUAUUUUCUUUCUUUCUUUUUAGUGUCGUUUUCCUUUCUUCUUUUUUUUACCCGUAUAACGCCGGCCACGACGGCAUCACGCCGAGCGGGCCCUUCUCGGGCAAAAUGUUUGUCCCUGAAACCUCGCGCCCGCACCAACGACCCCCUUCUUUCUCAGAUGCCCAGUUCGGAACUGGGGGACAGCAGUGCGAUAGAAAGAAAAGAAAAAAAAGCAAAAAAAAAAAAAAACUACAGUGCUGUCCUCGCUUGCUUUUUACACCCGACGUCUGCGCGCCGUUCCGGGUGGGAAUUCGUUGGCCAAUAUACGCACGCUUUUGGGUGUUUUCUUCUUUAAUUCCCCCCACCACCCCCGUCAUUAUUGCGACAGCGACGUUACUUGGGUUGUUCUCCGUUUUCUUUUUCGUGUACCUCUAUAGCGAUUAUUUUAUUUGUUCUUUUAAACUGUUGUCGGGAAACGUUAUUGUAGUUAUUACCGUUACGUGAAAGACGAAAAGCGCGCAUUGUUGUCACCGUUUUAAAUUUGUGCUUUUAAGCGACGCGGUUUCUUUUAAAUACCAUUUCUGUCUCCUGGUCGUUAUUGUUGUUGGUGGCCGUUUGGUGUGAAAACGCAAAGGACGCUCUCCUCCCAGUGACCCGCGUUUGUUGUCCUUUCCCUUCUCCUCACACAGCUCCCUUUUUUUUUCCCUCCACAAUCGUGUACUACACCCACCCUAGUCAAAAGAAAAAAAAAAGAUUUUUUACUGCCUUUAUCGUCUUCGCCACAUUCUUAUAUAUAAAUAAAUAAAUGAAUAUAUAUAUAAAUAUUUAAAUAUAUAUAUGAAUAUAUAAAGAAAGGUCUAUGUAUACAACAAAACACAGAACGGGCCAGAGAGAGAACUAAAGAGAGAGGGGAAAAAGCGUGAGAGAGACAUAUACGUUUAUGAGAAGAAGACUGCUUUUUCUACGUAGGAAUGAGGAAUGAAUGCAUGAAUGCCGAAGAAAGCAAUUAUAUGGAUCGACAAGCCAUCCCUUGUGUAACUGCACGAGUACACACACACACACACGCACGCACACUAAGACAUAGAAAUACGGAGCGGCCAAAUCCAUCCACGUAAUUUCCCCCUUUUUUUUCUUUUUUUUUUUCUUGUUAUUCUGGUCGCUCGGUAGCUUGUUCUUUCGGGGGGUUUCCUCCGCUCCCGCUUCCUUUUUUUUCAAUAUUUUUUUUUUUUUUUACUUGAGUGCAGACCUGAUCCGCAUAAAACGUUGAUGAGAACUGCAGGUUCCUGAAGGCCCAGUGUAGAGAUAGGGACAAAACAAAGAGACACAGUAAAGAUUGGGGGAAAAAAGCUAUCGAUUAACGGCGACAGUUUUUAAACGCACGGUAACCGCGCGAAUCGGCCAAAAAAUGACAAAAGACAGCCACCAGUUGGACCGCGCGCAGAACGAUUCGCUCUUUCCUGCUUUUCUUUUCUUUUCUUUCUUUCCUGUGUGUUUUUUUUUUUAAUAGAGGAAUGUAACUUGGUCAUUUGUCUCUUGAGUCCCUAACCUCCCCCACCCACUUCUAUUACUUCUUUUUUUGUGUGUGUGUGUGUGCGCGCGCGCGUUUUCUUAGUCGUAUAAAGAGUUAGCGAAAUAAACGCCUGGCUUCUGUGACAGCCGCGAGCUAUUGUUAUAUGAUAUACUAUACUCGCCAGUGCACUGCGAGAAAAACAAGAUACGGAAGAGAAUGUAUUCUGCACGGU